GUAUUUUUCUAUACAAGUCUUUUUGAUUUUGGGGUGAAGCGCUUUUUCUAUUCCGCCUAACAGAUUUCUGGAUCCAUAAUCAUUCACGUCACAGAUAGAGGGAGCCAAGGCUGAAACAGGAUAAUAGCCUUUAAAUCCCCUUCUCUAAGCACUCAGAUCUUCCCUGUCAGCAAGAUUAAAGCGGUCAACAGCAGUCCCCAUGUGUCUGUAUCCCACACUGAGUUUUAACAACAACUGGAGCUGCUGGCUGCUGGGGAAAGAAAUGUGACGCCGCCUUAGUGCCUGAUGCUUCAGGCGGGAAGACACAGAGGAGAACGCAGCCGCCAAGGGAGCACAUCUUACAGCAGUGGUGGCGGCAGGACGGAGAGUUGCAUCCAACUGGCUGACUAGAGAGGCAACAUGUGGCCUUUGAAGCCAAGAAAAGACUCCCAAAGCUCUGCCUACAAAGCCAAACUACAGGAGGCCUCCUUGGACUCUACUGCAGGAAGUAAAGGAGAUACAGUGAGCAUAGACACACACUCCAGGGGAUUUGGUGUGCCUCAGUGGGGACCCAAGCGGCAACUGCUGCUGGAAACAGAGAAGAACUACUAUUCCUUCGAGGAUGAAGAAGAGGAAGAGGAAGAGGAGGAGGAGGAAGAAGAUGAGGAAGAUCAACCAAGGCUUUCACCAGUGUUUCCAUUCAGUCCCUCAUUUCAUUCUGAAGCAGCUACGACCACUGCAGCUUCCUCCUCCGUGCUCAACAUCAAUGUUGGUGGCCGGACCUAUCGCCUUACCUACCAGGCUGUGGCCAUUUAUCCCAACACACGAUUGGGCCGCUUGGCCACUUCCACUGACCGUCGCUGCCAGUUAGGCCUGUGUGAUGACUAUGCUGCACAAGGGGAUGAAUAUUUCUUUGACCGAGACCCUGCCGUCUUCCAGCUCAUCUACAACUUCUAUGCUUCGGGGGUGUUGCAGGUGCGAGAUGAGCUAUGCCCCCGCAGCUUCUUGGAGGAGCUGAGCUACUGGGGGGUACGGCUCAAAUACACCCCCCGCUGCUGCCGCAUCUGCUUUGAGGAGAGGCGUGAUGAGCUGAAUGAGCAACUGAAGGUGCAAAGGGAGCUCCAGGCCCAGGCAGCCGUCCAGGAGAGUGAGCACCUCUUCCGCCACAUGCGGUAUGCCGCCCAGCGAUGGCGCCUUUGGAACCUCAUGGAGAAGCCCUUCUCGUCCACCAUGGCAAAGGCCAUGGGGGUGGCUUCCAGCUUCUUCGUCCUCAUCUCAGUAGUGGCACUGGCUCUCAAUACCGUGGAGGAGAUGCAGCAGAAGAACAAAGUCAAUGGAGUGAUCCAGCCCAUGCUGGAGCAUGUGGAGACCUUCUGCAUCGCCUUCUUCACUUUAGAAUACAUCCUGAGGUUGAUCUCCACUCCGGAUCUGCGCCAUUUUGUUAGCAGUGCCCUCAACGCUGUGGACCUCAUUGCGGUCUUGCCUCUCUAUAUUCAGCUAUUUCUAGAACAUUUUGUAGAAGAUCUGCCACGUGGACAAGGCUCUGCACACGAACAUGACAUUGAGAAAGUAGGACGGGUUGGGAAAGUAGGACAAGUGCUUCGUAUCAUGCGCCUCAUGCGCAUCUUCCGCAUUCUCAAGUUGGCCCGCCACUCAACUGGGCUGAGAGCUUUCGGCUUCACAGUGCGCCAGUGUUACCAGCAGGUGGGCUGCCUCUUGCUGUUCAUUGCCCUGGGCAUCUUCGCCUUCUCUGCCAUGGUUUACACUGUGGAGCAUGAUGUUUCCAGCACAAACUUCACCAGCAUUCCCCAUGCCUGGUGGUGGGCAGCCGUCAGCAUUUCUACCGUGGGAUAUGGAGACAUGUGUCCAGAAACCCACCUCGGACGACUCUUUGCUUUCCUCUGCAUUGCUUUUGGGAUCAUUUUGAAUGGCAUGCCCAUCUCUGUCCUCUAUAAUAAAUUCUCAGACUAUUACACCAAACUAAAAGCUUAUGAGUAUACAUCUAUACGGAAGGACAGGGGGAAAGUAAAUUUCACACGGCGGGCUGUGAAGAAGAUGUCAGAGUGCUGUGGAAACAGGCCAUCCUGACUGCUAAGAUGGAGAAACCAUUAAUUCCCUGGAAAGGAAAAAAGAAGAAAAAGAAAAAAGAGGGACAAGAGAAAUCAAAUCAGUCAGCCCACAAGGUCAAAUGGGCUAUAAAUUAAGACGGGAUGUGGAUCUCUUGGUUCAAAACUUUUUGUUAAAAAAAUAAUAAGCAUAACGAUGUGGGUCUCAUUAUUUUGUCUGACAAAGGUUUCUUCUGAGUCCAAGCAUCAACUAGAAUUCAAUGAUGCAUCAAGCAGUUGGUUUUAAUAAACAGUUUGUUGGAAAAUGGGGUAUAGCGAAGCAUCAAAAAUUAAUUGGCAAAUGUGAUGCUGCCACAGUGCAAACAAAAAUGAAAGUCAUUUAUUUUCUGUUUCUGUUUGUGUGUAUACACAUAUAGGCAUAAUAGUAGUGGUUAUUGCCUGCACAGUAGAGUCUCGCUUAUCCAACAUAAAUGGGCUGGCAGAAUGUUGGAUAAGCAAAAAUGUUGGCUAAUAAGGAGGGAUUAAAGAAAAGCCUAUUAAACAUCAAAUUACAUUAUGGUUUUACAAAUUAAGCACCAAAACAUCAUGUUUCAUAACAAAUCGACAGAAAAAGCAGUUCAAUACAUGGCAAAGUCUGUAGUAAUUACUGUAUUUACGAAUUUAGCACCAAAACAUCACAAUGUAUUGAAAAAUUGACUACAAAAACAUUGACUACUAAAAAUGGACUACAAAUAAAGACAGAAUUGCAUAAAAUAAACUUACAGUAACAACAUUGUCAGAAGUUCAAUCCGUAAAAAGUUCAGUCCUUGCUGUCUAGAGAAAACAGCUGUGGAUCCGGGUGGGAGGCAGACUGCGUUGGAUAAUACAUAACGUUGGAAACAUGAGGGUUGGAUAAGCGAGACUCUGCUGUAUAUGUGCAUAGGUCUAAUAGAGAUUGCCUCAAGAUCAGAACAAGGGUAAUUGAGUUUCAGCCAGAAAUAUAUUGAUGAUGUAUACCUGAAUUAUGCUACAGUCUUGAUCUCAAAGAAGAGACUAUGUACAUCAUCUGUCUCCUAUAAAUAGAUCCUCAGAUACCAGAA